AUGUGGAGCUCCAUCGAGAAUUUGAAGCAAAAUCUAAAUAAGAUUGCACUUGAUGUGCAUGACGAAGACGACGACGACGAGGAGGAGCUCGAGAUCUAUGCUUCCAGCAAUGGCUACAACUCUUCGGUCUCUGAUCAGAGAAAUUCACACCGUUUCGCGCAUUCGAAGUCGGUUUCACGGUCCCCUAUUGCGAAUGGGAAUGACUCACCGUACAAUUUCGAGAUUGAACAGUACAAAGCACAAAUCAAAAGGCUUCAGGAAUCUGAGGCGGAGAUUAAAGCAUUAUCAGUGAAUUAUGCAGCUAUAUUAAAAGAAAAGGAGGAUCAGAUUUCUCGAUUGAACCAAGAAAAUGGUUCAUUGAAGCAAAAUUUGGAUGCGACAAAGGAGGCUCUCAAUGUGUCUAGAAAUGAGCAUCUAAGAGCAUCAACGAGUAGCUUCAAUGCAAUCCAGGGAAGUGGCGAUCAAUCACCCAAACAACCACAUAAAUCUUCAACUCAAGCAAAAAACCGUGGUGGAAAUCAAAUACAGAACACAGUCUUUCCAAAACAUGAUGGAAUGGGCAAUGGAAUAUUACAUGACGUUCAACCUGAUGUGAUUCAGAGUAAGAUGGAAGCCAAGAAGGACAAGGAGCUUGCAGAUUUUUUGGAGGAGAAAAAUAGGUCCCUGGCAGCAAUGCAAGUUACUCAUGAGUUGCAAAUAAAAGAGCUUAGAACUGAGCUUGAAAAAGAACGUGACAAAUUAGCAAGUAUACAGAUAAAAUUACAAGAGGAACAAAGUUUUAACAAAUCUUUUCAGGAGGAGAUCAGGAUUCUAAAAAUGGACAAGCACAAAACCUCAGUAGAUGUGAGCAAAAUUCAUGAUGAAUUAAAUGAAAAAACAUCAGAGAUAAGACAAUUGCAGAUAGAGUUGAGUAGGCGGGAAGAUGAAGAUUCCAAUGACAGUGUGAAGAGUUUGAAAAGAGUCAUUGCAACCCUAGAGAAGGAAAAUGCUAAUCUCAAGAUGGCAAAGAAUGAACUUGAGGCUGUUUUGCAAAGGAGCAGGAACUCUUCUUCUGACAAAACUUCUCCAGAUGGGAAAGUGGAUUCAACUACAAAUUCUCCUAGGAAGGAAGACAUGGAGCUAUUGUUGCAAAAAUUGGAGAGAGAUUUGAUGGAAACACGCCGUGAAAAGGACAAAGCAUUGCAACAAUUGGCCCGUCUCAAGCAGCAUUUGUUGGAAAAGGAAUCUGAAGAAUCAGAAAAAAUGGAUGAAGAUAGUAAGAUCAUUGAAGAACUUCGUCAGAGUAAGGAAUAUCAAAAGGCUCAAAUAUUACAUUUGGAGAAAGCUUUAAAGCAGGCAAUUGCAGGCCAGGAAGAAGUCAGGAUGAUGAACAACAAUGAAAUCCAGAAGUCCAAAGAAAUGAUUGAAGAUUUGAAUAAAAAACUUGCAAACUGUAUGAGCACAAUAGAGUCAAAAAAUGUUGAACUUCUAAAUCUUCAAACUGCUCUUGGGCAGUAUUUUGCCGAAGUUGAAGCAAAGGAAUAUUUGGAGCGACAGUUGGCUUUGACAAGAGAAGAAUCAGCUAAGCAUUUUCAACUUUUGAAAGAAGCAGAGAGAGGAACAGAGGAAUCAAAGAGGGAAAAAGAAGAAAUUUUAGCCAAGCUUUCAGAUGUUGAAAGGAAGUUUGCAGAAGGGAAGAACAGAGUGAAUAAGCUUGAAGAAGACAAUGCAAAACUUCGUCGUGCUGUUGAGCAGAGCAUGAGCAGACUCAAUAGGAUGUCCAUGGAUUCUGAUUAUCUGGUUGACAGGCGCAUUGUGAUUAAAUUACUAGUGACCUACUUCCAGAGAAACCACAGCAAAGAGGUUUUGGAUCUUAUGGUUCGAAUGCUUGGGUUCUCUGAUGAAGACAAGCAGAGAAUAGGUGUUGCUCAACAAGGUGGCAAAGGUGUUGUUCGUGGAGUUUUGGGUCUGCCUGGUCGCCUAGUUGGUGGAAUCUUAGGUGGAAGUGCAGCUGAUGUUCAAACGAAUUUGGCAUCUGAUAACCAGUCCUUUGCAGAUAUGUGGGUUGAUUUUCUUCUCAAGGAAACUGAAGAAAGGGAAAAGAGGGAAUCUGGGCAAGAUGCAGGUAGACCCUUCAAAGAGUCACAUGGAAGGAGUCCAGAUGCUGCUGGGGUGGUUUCGCCUGUGCUCAACCAUGGAACUAGCACAUCUGGCAUAUCUGGACCAAAUUUUUCUCCCUCCCAAAAUUAUGGUCCUGUGGCCCCUCAGGGAAAUUUACCGCCAUUUGCACAGUCUGAUUCUGAGUUCUCGACACUAGAAGAAUUUGUCGCUAGAAGAGAAGUGGGCCGGUACUGGGCCCUCUAUCUCGUAAGGUCAGGAGUUCUGCCAUUCCUCUCCGCUGCCAAAAACUGUAGAAAACUCAAGAGUUGCCUUAGUUAUGAUUCGAGAGGAGCAGUUAGAUGCAGAAGAUCCAAAUUUUAUGAAGAAGCCUGUGACUCUGAAGGCACAAUCUCUGGCCGCUCCCCAACUUCUGCUGCUUGGCUUCCCCUCGCUUGUGCUGGGCCACCCAUGUAUAGUUUUACACAACAUCACAAACAGUUCUCUGUUAGCCAGACAUCUUGGAUGCCAGAUUAUCCUAUAACACAACGGCUAUCUACAAAAUGCCAAGUUGAUUUCAUCCAAUGA